AUGGAGUGGAGGAACCAUAAUGGGAGAGUGAGUGAGUUUGUGUUGCUGGGCUUCCCUGCUCCUGUGCCACUACAGGUACUAUUGUUUGCCCUUUUGCUCCUGGCCUAUGUGUUGGUGCUGACUGAGAACACACUCGUCAUUAUGGCAGUUAGGAACCAUUCCACCCUCCACAAACUCACGUACUUCUUUCUAGCUAAUAUGUCCUUUCUGGAGAUCUGGUACGUCACUGUCACUAUUCCCGAGAUGCUUGCUGGCUUUGUUAGGUAACAGGAUCAUGAACGGCUAAUCUCCUUUGAGGGAUGCAUGACAGAGCUCUACUUUUUCCUUGGCUUGGGCUGCACUGAGUGUGUCCUUCUCGCUGUUAUGGCCUAUGAUCGCUAUGUGGCCAUCUGCCAUCCUCUCCACUACCCAGUCAUUGUCAGUGGCCAGUUGUGUGUGCAGAUGGCCGCUGGAUCUUGGGCUGGAGGUUUUGGCAUCUCCAUGGUCAAAGUUUUUCUUAUUUCUCACCUGUCUUACUGUGGCCCCAACAUCAUCAACCACUUUUUUUGCGAUGUGUCUCCAUUGCUCAACCUCUCAUGCACUGACAUGUCUACAGCAGAGCUUACAGAUUUCAUUCUGGCCAUUUUUAUUCUUCUAGGGCCACUCUCUGUCACUGGGGCCUCCUACAUGGCCAUUACUGGUGCUGUGAUGCACAUUCCUUCAGCUGCUGGACGCUCUAAGGCCUUUUCCACCUGUGUCUCUCAUCUCACUGUUGUGAUAAUCUUCUAUGCAGCUGGUAUCUUCCUCUAUGCCCGGCCAAAGGCACUCUCAGCUUUUGACAUCAACAAGCUAGUCUCUGUACUCUAUGCAGUCAUCAUACCACUGCUCAACCCCAUCAUUUACUGUUUGCACAAUCAAGAGGUCAAGAGAGUCCUAUGCUGUACUCUGCACCUGUACCAGUGCCAGGAUCCUCACCCCAAGAAAGCUAUCAGAAAUGUGUAG